AUGAAACAUUCAAUAUUUCUAUGGCUAUGUACGUUCCAAAUUUCCCUUCUUUGCAUUAGUUUCUCAGUGAAGUCUGUCUCAUCUGUUGCACACUCUUACUCCGAUCAUUGUUAUUCAAUUGUUCCCGAGCCAGUCCCCAAAUCGGAACCUCCCGUUUACGAGUUUGGUCCAUUUGGUCCAUCCCAGUCUGGUUUCUACUACUCUGAUGGAGAUUUCAGAGUUGUUACUGCAAACAUAACCAGGCAUACAAAUUUAUUCUCUUUUUACACCACUGCAGUGAGGCAAACCGAUAAAGAUGGCGUGUUUAUGAUCGAAGGAAGCUUUGAGCUCCAAGGUCUUCUUGAAAGCGUCUUAUACGGAAGUGGGUCAUCACAAAUUUCAGUUCCACCUCGCGUGCCACCUGUGGUCGCUGAUUAUUCAAACCCGUUCAUUUUAAAGCUCCACGGCUUCUGGUCCGAAUCUUCAGGGGAACUUUGUAUGGUUGGAACAGGUUCUGCAUUGUUAAAAGAAGGUACUCUGCUUACACCUGUAGCUGUUCUUAAGCUUUAUAAUAUCAAGACUUCAAGUAGCAUUACUACUUUGAUUACUGGCACUUUGGAGAGUUUGAGUCCUAGCAAUGAUAACAAUUAUUUUGAAACAAUCUCCAUAUUGAUGCCUCCACAAUUGAAUUACAAGUUCACUAUUGUGUCCGGAGAUUCCGCGGACGAAAUUUCAGGCGAAAGUGAUUUCGAAGAGAAUUUUCCAAUAGACAGUGUACUGCAAGGAAGAUCCUUUUGUUCAAAGUUCACGAGCCUUGUAUUUAGAAAUGUAUUUAAUUUGCAGUAUACAGGAUGCAGAUCCAGCAAGAAGUGCCUCCCUGGUGAUGGGGUGAUUGCGAAUUUGCCUAGUUCUAUCUCUUUAAGUGCCAUUAAUUGUACGGGUGUUCUAAAGAGAGUUCGGAUUUUCUUAAAGUUUGAUGAUAAUAUCAAGCAUUCAAGGCAUGACAAGCGUUUCGAUCCCAGCAAAACAUUGAUUGGAGAAGGAAUAUGGGAUGAUAAGAAGAAUCAGUUGCACGUUUUGCUUUGUCGGUUUCUUGAUAUAGCAAACUCUUGGUCUAAUGCUCACGUUGGAGAUUGCACAACAAGGCUGAGCUUGAGGUUCCCCACGAUAUGGUCUAUCAAAGAGACCAGUACCAUAAUGGGGCAAAUUUGGACCAACAAAACUGAGGAAGAUUCAGGUUACUUUGAAAAUAUCCUGUUUCGAAGUACUGAAAAUCACAUGCAUGCUCUUCCUGAUUUAAAGUAUGAAUACACUGAACAUUACAGAGUAAGGAAUUUAUGCCCGGAAAAGAAACUUGGGAGAAACAGGAGACGAAGGUAUCCUAGUCCCAAUUCAAUCGGGAUGAAGUUCAACAUGUUGGUUGAAAGUUCUGAAGGAAGGACUGGAUGGGGUUCUGCUAAUGCUCUGACCGUGAAUAGUCAGUUGUACAUGCAUGCCCGUCUUAGUUUUGCUUCUAUCCGUGAUGACUUCUCGAAGCCUACAAGGUGGGAACCUCAGGGCCGUGCCAAUAUUAGCUACAGGAUAGAUAUCAAAUGGCACACUCCUCCGAAGUUAACUGACGAAGAUAAUGCAUCUAUUGUACCUGAUGAGAAAAUGGAGAUCACUGCUGAAGGGAUUUAUGAUGCUGACACUGGAGGUUUGUGUAUGAUUGGUUGCAGAAAGCUCGACCAACCGCUCGGAAAUGAUUCUAUGGACUGUGGCAUUCUUCUUAACUUUCAAUUUGCUCCAGUAAAAGGGCUGGAGAACGGAGGUUAUAUUCGGGGGGAAAUCAAAAGCAUACGGGAGAAAUCUGAUCUUCUAUACUUUGAUCAUCUAGAUGUGUCUUCAGUUGCUUACAAUAGGGAGCAAGCAAGGCAUACCAUUUGGACCAUGGAUCUUGAGAUUGCCUUGGUUGUAAUAUCUCAAACACUUGUAUGUCUAUCUGUGAGACCUCAACUCUAUCAUUCGAAAAGACAUCCGAAUAGACUCCCCUUUACUUCGCUUGUUAUGCUUGUGAUCCUUGCCUUAGGUCAACUGAUUCCUCUGGUGCUUAACUAUGAAGCUUUAUUCUACCAUAAAAACGAUCAAGGUACCGUGUUGUUUCAAACCGGUGGAUGGCUCGAAGCAAAUGAGGUAAUCAUAAGGAUUACUUCAAUGGUAGCGUUCUUGUUGUAUUUCCGUAUUCUCCAGCAAGCAUUUUCAAGUAGAUCAAAAGAUGGAAACGGAAAAGGCCUAUGGUUUGCUGAGAAAAUGACUUUGCUUGUGACACUACCAUUGUAUGUUUCUGGUGCAAUCAUUGUUCUGCUUGUCGAUAGGGCAAACUAUAAACGCGACAUCGUGUUGCUUCCCAUUAGUCCCGUUGACUACUGGCAGCGUUCGACUUUGGAGGACCUGAAAUCGUAUGCAGGUUUAAUCUCAGAUGGUUUCCUUUUGCCCCAAAUACUGUUCAAUAUAUUCUCUAACUCUGCAGAAAAUGCACUUAGGCCCUCGUUCUAUAUCGGUACCAGUCUGGUUCGGUUGCUGCCACAUGUAUAUGAUCUUUACUGUGACCACAGCUAUGUUGAAUACAAGGGAACAUUCAUUUAUGCGAACCCAGCUGAGAAUUUUUUCUCCAAUGUUUGGGAUGUGAUUAUCCCUAUUGGUGUUUCGCUGUUUGCUGCAAUCAUUUAUUUGCAGCAGCAAUUUGGUGGUUGCUGCAUUGUUCCUAAGAGAUUUAGAUGGUCAGAAAGCUAUGAGAAUAUCCCGAUGGUCAGUGAAUCAUAA